AUGAUGAAGACUGGUAUAGAAGAAGACCAGGUCAGGUUUGUUAUGGAGUCUGACUGCGUGCUGCAGUAUAUGAAGAUUGAACAAUCGCCAACAGCUUAUUAUACUGAGGCUUCUCCAACAAGCUUUACAUUUGGAAACAAUGAGAAGUUCAUGAUUCUGAAAAUUGGGCAUGCUGCCAUUCAGUGUGAUAUUCUCGAGAUAUAUGCUGAAGGAUCGAGAACUAUUACUAAAAAUGUAUUUGAACAUCUUCUGAUGUGGGAUGAUAAAAAUCCAGAGAAGAGGGUCUUCGCCUUGUUUCCACACCAAUUCAAAUUUCUGACAUUAAAUGACGUGAAGAGGGACUACAGAAAACUUCAUAGUGAGUUGUUAGCUAGCUUAGAAAAACUGAAGAAAAACACGGAUGAAACCAAAAGUAUACAAAUUGAAUUACCGCAGAAGCUGAUGACUACUGCUCAUUAUCGACCACAGCAAUCAUCUUCUGGAAUCGUGAUAUCUCCGAAAACAAAGACCCUUUCUAUCGAUUCGGAAAUCAUAAAAAAUAUCUUGGAAGGUAUUUUCCAGAUUACUAAUAUAUUCCUCUCAGCUACAUGUACCAAUGACCGCAUGAUAGGAGUUCGAAGUGUUUGUCUUAUUGGAGGAUAUGCGAACAAUGACAAGAUUCGGGACAUAGUUAAAGAAUAUUUUCGAGAUGUUCCCGUGAUUUUACCACAACAGCCAGAUAGAAUUGUGGUAAUGGGAGCAACAUUAUGUCCUGCACAAGAGAAUGUGCCAUACAAAUUGUCAAUCUUGGGCCAAUUAAACAAGAAAUCUUGA